AUGUCUACGAAUUACCGCCUCAUUUCUAACUCGUACUGCUCCCCCACUCCUCAAAAUCAGUUCGGCGCGUUCUCAGAGUCGCAUCCAUCGCCUUUAAGCGAAUGUUCCUCCUCUUCAUCCUCUUCUUCCUCAUACGCCUACCAACAACCACUGUCACCAAGCGACUCCGACUCCUCCCUGUCGUACCCAACCUCCCACGUCCAAAAAAAUACCAGCCCAUAUACAUACGUAGAACUGCCCGACUUCCCAACGCAUCCGUCUGAAGCGUCCCCGUUCACUUAUGAAAAAUUCAAUCCCAGUUUCAACGCGCAGUUCAAUGGCGCGCCCAGCUCGGAUACCUUUCAGUGUCGCUCCGACUUCAACACCAGCGGCUCAGACUCCUUUUGCGAUAGCACGGACUCCUUUGGCAGCAGCUCGGACUUCAACGCAGACAACUCCCAGUUGGACUCCUUCAACAGUCCGACGGAUUUCACCUCCGGCACCAGCAGCCCAGACUCCUCGCCCUCACCCACCGGCACCAGAAAUCGCGCUGGGACCACUCCCAGCCCCUCGGCGCGCUUUCACGUCGCCCACCCAUACGCGCGGCUCGUUGCGAAAAAGGACGACAAACGCCGAAAAAUCUGGAAUCACGCACUUGAAAAAUCGGUUUUUACGCCGUUUGAGAUAUCGACGCUUGGUGCACAACAACGCCGGGGGACUUACAUCGGCAGUUUGGAGGCGCAUAUCGAUACGCUGCAUGCCCAGCUAUUGGAAAUCGGAUUUUACCCAGUCCCAUUCAACGAUCUGGACCCUUUUAAAGGGCUCAAUUCCAAAACUGCAAAGAGCAUGGUCGCGGGCCUGCAACACGACGCCUCACUGUCAAAAUUGAAACUUCUCGAAUUGGAACGCUCUCGGGGGUCCGCACUACUUAGCCCCAUUUUCGUACUUUAA